GACAGUUGAUGUGCAAAACUUCCAUGCUGUUUUUCUGUUCAAACACAUGAUAAUAUUUCUCUGAACUUCCAGUUACGGGCAAUGUUGUGCAGACAGUGGACUGUUGCGGAAGAAAUUGAGGCUGCGAAAAGGGUUUUAAGGCUGUUUCAGAUACAAGAUAUAAGAAAUCAGAUAGCAAAGAAUAAAAUUUCCAGGCUGAUUAAUGUCCACGUGUCUGAGUUAUAAAAUACUAACGAUCAAGAUGUCUUGAAAAUUAAUUAUGUCUGAAACUGACAAAAUAAAAGCCCUCUACUCAAAACUUGUGUUUUAGUACGGGUGACCGAGUGAAACCAUCUCACACCCAUCUGACAUCAGUGCCAUUAUUUGUGGAGUUUACUUUGAACAUCAUUUAUACAAAUGCAUUGAGAAGUUUAUAAAUAAGGGGAAAAUUAUUGAUGUUAGAAAUGUUUAAAUUCAGUGUUUUGUUUUUGUUUAUUUAUGUGUUUAGUCCUACGUACUUUUUUAAACAUGAUUUAAAGUAUCGAUAGUCUAAACUAGUUCAGAUUAUACAGAAUCAAAUGACAAUAUAUAAGUAAAGAAAGCUGUCGUGGGCUUAGGAGUUAUAAUCCAUAUAUUUGUCUGGAGGCACAGAUAAACCACGAAGUUACAUUGGAGAGUAUUAUAAUGAAUCAAUUUUAAUUAAUAAUCUCAUUUUACAGUGUUGUUAACUAGUGAAACUUUAACAGAUGCGCAGAUUUAGCGCGCAGUUAAUUUCGUCAUGUAUUUUGAGAAUAAAAUGUGAGCAGUAUUUUCGGGAAAAUACUUUUUUUUUAAAAAAAAAUUCGGACUGACAUUGAUAUCUCUGUAGUCUGUACUAAACGCCAGCAAUGCACUCUCUUGUUGUCUGGGCUGGAAUACUUACUACAAAGUUCCCUUGUGUCUACGUCAGGACAAACAUAACCUAGAUGACGCAGCAAAUAAUAUAGGCAUACCUAGCAUUUUCAUUUGUGCAGUGCCCCAACUAUUCCGAUACUGAAGGAAGCAACGCAUUGGAACGGAAAUACUUGACUUUACGCGACACCACUACAGCAUUUACUGCUAGAAUGCAGCUUCCAACUGAAUCAUAUCUCCUGUUAUGGGUCCUGUUGACGACAGAACAUGGAAGAAGUAUUAUGAUUCCUGAACAAACCCAAAAAGUCACCUCUAAAUUAACACCUCUACAUGAUACUGGAAUGCAGAGAGGAUUAUUAUCAAAUUAUGGACAAGGGUUCUAUGGAAUGGGAUAUGAUGGAGGGCUUCUUAAUGGACAUCACAGCCUUUUAUCUUCACAUGGAGCAAGACAAGCUGUAGGUGGUGAUGUAUUCAUUCCAACAAAUAAGUUUAUAUUUUAUGGACAUCCGGAGAGGAAUCAGAUUAGUGGCAAUGUUCCUGUAAUUCAUAAACUCUCAACAGGGCAGGGAUUUGGUGUGCCUUUUGUCCAGACAAAUGAAUACUAUAAGCCGGGGCUGGGGUUUAAUGUUACUGGGAUAAAUAACUACCCUAUUACUAGACUGUGUAACUGUCCUGGAGUAGGAGUUAAUGCAGCUGGAAUGAAAGGAUUUUAUGGAGCAGGAAUGGGAGUGUUCCAUGAAUCAAGCAUGCCAGAGCAAUAUAGUAAAGGAAUUUCUGGACCUUAUGCAGGAUGGACAUCAACAUUUCAAGAGUUUAAUAACAUCCAUGGAGUGGCUAGAGUAAGCAACCACAAUUCAGGAGUAGGUUUGCAAGAAUUUCAAAGAAUUGGUGUACAAGGAGGUGAAACAGCAGGACCCCCUGUGAAAGGUACACCAUGGCAUUAUGGUCAGGUGGUUGGUCAUGGCGUGUUGGGUGCCUCUGCAAUGGGGACGCAUAAGGACAUGCUGGCUGCUCAAGGAGUUUUGUCUCCUGGAUAUGAAAAUACAAUGAGAGGGUAUCAUUUAGGGGUAAAUAGGGGUAAAGAAGGGCUAGCUAAUGUGCAGAAUCCUGAAUUAUAUACAGUUAUGCAUGUAGGUGGAACAAACAUAUAUCAUGCAGGAAGUGAAUACCAUGGAAAUGGAUAUCAUGGAAAUAAUGGAUAUCAUAGAGGUGGGUAUAAUGGGGGUAAUUAUAAUGGAGGUGGAUAUAAUCUUGGUGGUUAUCAUGGUGAUGGAUAUUAUGGGGGUGGUUAUCAUGGAGGUGGCUAUCAUGGAAGUGGAUAUUAUGGAAGUGGUCAUCACAGAGGUGGAUCCCAUGGAGUUGGAUAUCAUGGAGGUUUAAAUCAUGGAAACGUAUAUUAUGGAAACAGAUAUAACAGUGGAGGAUACAGCAGAAUGAAUGGGAACCAUGGGAUGAAUGAUUAUUAUGAAAGUGGGCUCUAUAAUGAUGGGAUAACAGAACGUCUUGGCUCUGUCAAGAUUGGCGGCUCUUUACAGUGGCCUGUGUCAAAUGGAAAAAGCAAUAAAUUUGAUGUAAAAAUAGAAUCUGAUGAGAAUAAUAAGUAUUCAAUAAUUGAAGAAGCACAUUUGAAUCAGUACAAACAUGAUGAAAUACAGAAUGAUGAAGAAGAUUCCUCUGCACACAUAAAUCAGAAACCAAAUAAGAAUGUAAAAUUUUCUGCUUCAGAAAUGUUGGAAAAUGGAACAGAAGAUGCAAACUACAAAGUGGGGGGUAAUAAUGAAAUAACUUUGUUUCCAGAAGGCAUACGCAAUGAGAGUAAUGAUACUGAAAAUGGAAGAUCAGUAAUACCCAGUUAUGGAGUAGCACAACCUAUAUCACUAGAGCAGAAAAAUGUAAUAGAUGAUGAUUUAUAUAAUGCAUACAGUAGAAAUACUAUAAGAAACAACAAAACUGAUGAUAUGAAAAAAGAAAUAUUAAUAAAGUACACCAAUCACUCUGAAAAAAUGAGUGGGAAUACGGAACGAAAUACCAGCACAAGUACAAGCAAUAAGUUGGUACAUGAAACAGAUAUGUAUGUGGCUGUCUAUCCAUCAACACUGAGUAAUAGAGGAUUGUAUGCCAUGCCUUAUGCUAGAGGACUUCACAUAGACCUUCUGCCUGAACAGACAGCUGCUUUGCAUACUGGGAGUAGUAUUCAGUUGCCAGGAAGAACUUAUGUUGAAGGUGCUCAAACUGAACAAACAGAUCUGAAAAGAGGUGACAGUGAGAAUCAUUACAGCUCAGAACAACAGAAUCAACAACAUUUAAAAGAGCGAAGACGUCGCUUGGGUUCUGUCACUGAAAAGUUGGUAGGAGUAGGAUUAGGACUUGAUGGUUAUCAAUCCAAAGGGAAUGCUGAUGGGAAAUUAUGGACUGGAUAUGACUCACAUAUGUAUGAUCACCAUGGUGUGGAUUUUGGUUAUGGGUCAACUCCAUUAAUGUACCAGCCAUGGUACUAUGAUUAUGGUCAAUAUUAUAUGUCACCUUACCACAGAGUUCAUUCAGAUCAUGGUUACGAUCUGAGGCAGUUUGGAGUGGACGGUUCUGGUUUUGUGACAGUUGAUAAAAAUUUAGGUCUAAAUGGAAAAUUAGGAGUUGGUUUAUUAUGAGGUAAUGAUUAUGUACCAUGUCUUCUGUAUUAAAUUAGUAAAUCAGAAUGUGUCACAAUUCAAAAAAAAAUGUUAUAUCCAUCUAUUCAGAAGAAGCAACUGCUGUUUGUAAUUUGUAAGGUUUCUGAAAAUUGUAUUAUUUUGCAAGAGUGAGGAUAAAUUAAUUAUUACUUAACCUAGAUGGCCUCAGCACAAGGAUGUGUUUGGAAACCAUUUAAAAUUCUUGUGAUAAUAGGAUAUGAAACCAAAAUAAGUUAGGUUAUGUCAUCAUACUAAAUGUACUUUAAGAAUUUACAGAAAAUGUCACAUUAUGGAAAUAGAAACACAUCUACAUG